GCACGGUACUUAUUCACUAAGUUCUCAUUGCUAUCCGCCCGUCAAACGACGAACGCUUGACCUCUCGCGUCACUACAGCCCCGCCAUCUUCACGCCCGCAGUUCCCCCCACUUAAGGGCUUCUUCAGUUGGUGGCAAGUUUUAGGCUUGAAGUUUCUUAUCACAAAGACUGCUGAGCUUGGGACAGGAGAGUCGCUGCGCCAGCGGCCUGGCGCAGGGCGCCCUGCAGCCACCAUGGCGCCAGUGGUGCUCAACGUUUAUGACUUGGCUCCUCAAAACCAGUGGACAAUCUUCUGUGGCGUGGGCAUCUUUCAUUCUGGCGUGGAGGUCCAUGGCGUGGAGUAUGCGUACGGACAGCACGACUACGACUACUCUGGCAUUUUCGCCACGAAUCCACGUGACGCACCGGGCCAAGUGGUGUUUCGGGAAAGCAUCCUCAUGGGCGAGACGCACCUCAGCCAGGCGGAGAUACACGCACUGGUUCAGCGCAUGGGCAACGACUACAAGGGGACGAACUACCACCUGCUGCAGCGGAACUGCAAUCACUUCGCCAACGACCUGUGUGUGCAGCUCAUAGGCAAGGAGGCGCCCACCUGGGUGAACCGGUUAGCGGGGAUAGCGGUGAUGCUGCACUGCCUCAUCCCGCCGUCCUGGGUGCCGCCGCUGCAGACGCCAUCCGCGGCGCCCAUCGACUACGACGGGCACGUGGCGGGCGGGGUGGGUGUGGUGGGCGGGCCGCGCAAGGACCGGGACGAGGGCAAGUCGCUGCUGGGCGCCGGCGGCCAGCGCUCUGACGUAUACGGCGAGCGGCUCAACCCGAGCGCCAUGUUGCCCUCGGCGGCCAGCAGCAGCGGCGGCACACGCAUUUGAUACCCCAGUGAUGGAGCUGACAGUGGAUCCCUGGACCCGCGCUGGCGGGGCGCGCUGGCGGCUGAGGCCAGGGGCGAACAGAUGGGCUGGCGCUGCAGCCAAGGAGAGGAGCAGGAGGCGCGGGCGCGGAGGCCCCAAGCCGGGAGCCGGCCGGAGGAGUGCAGCACGAGCGGAAUGGCAGCAGGGGGGGAGCGGGAGCGGGAGCGAGGGGUAGGCGCUUGUUGCGGGCAGCUGUUUGCUGGUGCGGCGCCGGCAGGGCACGAUAGGGUAGGGUAUUAGGUGUUGGUAAUUUGGGUUAUCGGGCAGCACUGCCGGUGAGGUGGUAGCUGCGGUCCGAACUUGGGGCCCUGGGAAGUUAGCGAGGCGCCUGCCCUGAUCAGGCGGAAGUGCCUCCUUGUCUGCCCAUCUGUAGCGCCUCCCCGACUGCCAGUACGGCAUUGUGUCGGUUCGCGGACCGUCGGGAAGACUUAAGCCCCGACCAAGCGUCUUGCUGUUAACUACACACGCGCAUUAUAUACCCAGACUACCGAAGGUGCCAGGCAGCGUAGCUGCAUCGUGUGUAACGCACCCGCUAGCAAUUCAGGCUUGCCGAACCAACUUCGCAACAUUAGGGCAGGUAGUAGGCGCUGGCAAAGAUAUUGCUGCGACUGGUAGGGUGGAGCCGGUCGAAUGCGUAUCGUAUGGCGGAGCGAGGCGCGCGCUGGGGUCAAAGCGGUUUGCCGGAGUGCGGGCGAGGCGGCAGCUGUGGCGGGGCAUGUCAGUGCCUGACUAAGGCACGCUGCCCUACAACGACGUUGCCAGUCAGUGUCGGCCCACUUCUCACCCCUAAGGCCAAGCGCCUGGGGGGGUUGUUUGCCGCAUGCCCGGCGCACCUGCGUGCGGCGGUGCGGGGUCGUCUGCACGUGGGUGCACCUGUUUGCAUGUGAGACACGUGCGGCGGCCACAGCUGAGGCGCCCAGCAUCUGGGGACUGAGGUGGAGCGUUGUGAGGCGGUGGUCACUGUUUCGAAGUUCGCUGUUUCGAAGUCUCUUGCUACUUUGUUUGACACGUGACUGGCGACGGCGCAUCCGACAACGCUACGUGUGAGGACUGGGUUGGGACCAUGACGGAUCGCGUGCGCAGGGCUACUGCGGGGGUGUGGGCGAGGCGGUGAGCAGGAGGUGCCAGGCCUAUGCCAAGGUCGGGGAGGUUCGGUGGAGGAACUGGCUCUGUGUACGGAAACAGGCCGCUGGCAUCUGUGCCUCCGCGGACCAGGUUGUACAGCUGCCACGCUGCGUGGCACGGUAUGCACAUGCAAGAGCGUCUGCUGCGCGCUUGAAAUGAAGGAAAGCAGAGAGGACGAGCACCGUGCGUCGUGAACGCACUGCGGUGCAGUACAUGUGUAGGGCUUGCUGUGCAAGUGUGCAGUGAUACCAAAGGUGUUAAGGUGCACAAGGCGCACGGCGAGGCGGUUGGCGUCAGGGUGCACCAGAUGCUCAGCUGGCACCGUUCCCCGGUUGCUGAGGUACCCGAUCGCUCUCUUCCGUGAGCGCUGGGGUGACCGCGUGAGAGCGGGGAGGGGGCCCUUCGACGUGAUGGGCAUUAGUGUAUCGUGUAGCUGCAGUAUAAACCUGGAUUGU